AUGACGGCAACAGAAACAGAGCGAGAGGCCGCUGCGCCCUCGCAACCAACUGUGUUCAACGACUUCUCACGGCACCCACCGAUCGAGAAAUUCGUUACUAUUGAUGGCAUGCUCAAGAGCCAUGCAGCGGAGACAGAGCAGAGGCCGCUGAUAUGCUAUCCGCACAAGGGUGUCGAUGAUUUUGAGGAGUACACGGCGAGGGAGAUUGAUGGGUUUGUGGAUGCUGCGUGUCGGUUUUAUGUUGAGAAUGGGCUUGAGGCUGCUGACCCAUCCCUCGAGAAGGCGCCUGUUGUAGCUUUUCUGGCGCCUUCAAACUUCGAAAUCAUCCUCACAAUCUUCGCUCUCAACCGUCUAGGCUAUGCCGUCUUCUUCCUCUCAACCCGUCUCGGACCCCCGGCCUACGCUCGUCUGCUGGAACUCGCAGAUUGCCAUACCAUCAUCACGCCGGACUCUUUCAGUUCGACCUUCAGCGCCAUCUCUCAGCACCGACCAGGAUGCCGACACAUUCCUAUCGUCCAACGGCAAGACUACCGUGACCGCCCUACCGUCGAACCAUUCCACCGCUCCAACGUCGACAUCGCCAAAGAAGGCAAGAAAAUAGCCUUCAUCCUUCACUCAUCCGGCUCCACCGGCUUCCCCAAGGAGAUCAUGCUAACGAACCUCCAAUGCCUCGCCAACUUCCGCAAAAGCUUUGCUCUACGCGGCUUCUGCACAUCCCCACUCUUCCACUCUCACGGCCUCAUGGAGCUGUUCAGAGCCUUCUACACACAAGCGACGUUUUACCUUGGCAACUACGCUUUCCCUAUCACGAGCCAGAAUCUCAUGGCCGCGUUAUCCGUAGCGAAGCCGGAGUUGGUGGCCGCAGUGCCAUACGUGUACAAACUCCUCGCCGAAAAACCGGAUGGCGUGCGCAUGCUCGCGAAGACGAAGAUCUGUUUGUACGGCGGGAGCAGCUGUCCGGACGAACUAGGCGAUCGACUGAUAGCGGAGGGAGUGAAUUUGGUCGCCAACUACGGCGCCACGGAGACAGGCCAGAUCAUGACGUCCUUCCGGCCGAAGGGGGAUACGGAGUGGCAGUACAUGCGCCUGCACCAGCCGGUAGCGAAGCAUACGCUUAUGGAUGAGAUCGCGCCGGGAGUGUUCGAGUGCGUGGCACUGGAUGGUUUGCCGUCGAAGGGGCCGAGUAAUGCGAAGCCGCCUUUUAGCGAGAAGAAUCCUGAGAAUAGUUUUAGGACGGCGGAUCUGUUUACGAGACAUCCUGAUCCUGGGAAGGGAAAUUUUUACAAGUAUUUGAGUCGGCUGGAUGAUAGAAUUGGACUGGUGAAUGGGGAGAAAGUGCUACCGAUUCCGAUGGAGUUGAGGAUUAAGCAGGAGAGUUUGGUGCGGGAGGCAGCGGUAUUUGGGUUCGAGCGGACUGUGCCGGGGGUUUUGAUAUUCAGGUCGGGCGAGCAUGGGCUGGAGAUGAGCGAUGUGGAGUUUUUGGACGCUGUGUGGCCGGCUGUGGAGGCGGCGAAUGCGGCUGCGGAGACUUUCUCAAGGAUACCGAAGGAGUUAGUGGUGGUUAAGGGGGCGGAUGUGGUGUAUCCGAGGACUGACAAGAACACCUUCAUCCGCGCUCAAGUGUAUCAGCAGUUUGCGGACGACAUUGGGGAGGCUUAUAAGAAGUUCGAGGCCGGUAGUGAGAAAGGCGGUGGUCUCAGGUUGGAUGUACCGGAGCUUGAGGAGUGGUUGCUUCGCAAAUUCCGGGAGGACCUUCGGAUUCCGCUUCAAAGUGUUGAUACGGACAUCUUCUCUGCUGGUGUUGAUAGCUUGCUGACGACACGGAUCUGGCGGGCCAUCAAGAAGGAGCUCGAUCUCGGGCCUGAAGGACGAACUUUGAGCCAAAACAUUGUGUUCGAGAAGGGAACGAUCCGGGCACUGGCUGCUCAUCUCCACCAGCUGCGGACUGGCGAAGGCGAAGCGGAAGAUGAAGACGAGCUGAGCGUUAUGCAAGAGUUGAUCGAGAAGUACUCGACCUUCACGCACCACUCCCCGACAAACACACCGCCUCUUCAAGGCGACGUAGUCAUCGUCACAGGCGCGACAGGCAAUCUCGGCGCCUUCAUCGUUGCCUCCCUCCUUGCCCGCCCCUCGGUCUCCGAAGUUUGGGCCCUCGUCCGCGCACCCGGCCAAGCAAGCGCAGGCGCCCGUGUCAUGGCCUCUCUCGCCAGUCGCCAAAUCACACUCUCUCCCGCUCAGCUCUCCAAGCUGAAAGCCCUGCCCAGCGACCUCAGCCAACCAGACCUAGGUCUCGACCCUCAAGACCUUGAUCACUUGCUCUCGACAGCAACCUGCAUCAUCCACAGCGCUUGGGCGGUGAACUUCAACCUCGGCGUUCGCUCUUUCGAACAACACCAUAUUCGCGGCACGUACAAUCUGCUCAACUUCUGCUUACGCUCGAGACUGGCAGAGCCGGCGAGGUUCUUCUUCUGCAGUAGUGUCAGCACGGCCUCAAACACGCCUAAACCUGCCGUCGUGCCCGAAACAGCGAUUGGCGAUCUUAGCCAUGCUCAAGCGACGGGCUAUGGGCGGAGCAAAUUGGUCACAGAGCAUAUCGUCCGCAGCGCUAUGCGCAGCGCCGGAAUGCACGCACGGGUGUUGAGGAUCGGACAAUUAAGCGGCGAUACCGCGAAUGCGAUUUGGAACGAGACAGAGGCCGUGGCGCUGAUGGUGCGAAGUGCGUCGACCGUCGGUGCCUUGCCGGCUUUGGAGGAGAGAGUGAGUUGGUUGCCUGUGGAUAGCUGUGCGAGGGCCGUGAUGGAGCUCGCAUUGGCUGAACAGAGCUCGGGGAGAGGAGAGGAGGAUGCGGAGUUGGUGUAUCAUCUGGUGAACCCGGCGACUUUCGAUUGGAGGAAGGACUUCUUGCCUGUGCUGCAGCAGAAGACGAAGUUGCCCGCCUUUGAUGUCGUGAGUCCGUUGGAGUGGUUGAAGAGGCUGGAGGGGAGUGAGCAGGAUCCGGAGAGGAACCCUAGUAUCAAGCUUGUGGACUUUUGGCGGAAGAAGUACAGCUCCAGCCAAGCAUCAGCAAGUGCUGAGGAGCAGCCGAAAGGGUUGACCUUUGACACCACGCGAACAGUCACAGACUGCCCGGCGCUGGGCACAGAGCGGGAUCCAGUCACUGCUGGGUUGGUAGAGAGAUAUGUCGAUGUUUGGAUGAAGUCGUGGGCUCCCGGAAGGGAAUGA